AUGUCGGUGGAUAUCAGACUUGCAAGUGCUCGCCCAUCAGGGGCCGACUUGUACCACGGCGAGAACCCAGGCAACAUUGUUACGCCUGGCGAUAUUAUCACUGCAGAUACUGGCUUUAUGAGAGGCCAUGGAACCUACAUGGAAGAUGAAUGUUUACAUGCCUCUGUAGCUGGUACUGUUGAAAGAGUCAACAGGUUAAUUUCAGUGCGACCCCUGAAAACUAGGUACAAUGGAGAAAUUGGCGAUGUUGUCAUUGGUCGUGUCAUUGAAGUUGCACAGAAAAGGUGGCGGGUAGAAACUCACUCUCGAAUGGACUCCAUUCUUAUGCUGUCAUCAGUCAAUCUACCUGGUGGAGAGUUGCGACGAAGGUCAGAAGAAGACGAGAAAAUGAUGAGACUGUAUCUGAAAGAAGGGGAUCUUAUCAGUGCAGAGGUGCAGAAUGUCAUGUCUGACGGUUGCCUCUCGUUGCACACACGCAGUCUCAAGUAUGGGAAGUUGGGUCAAGGUGUCCUAGUGAGAGUGCCACCAUCUUUAAUUCUCCGCCGCAAAACACAUUUUCAUAACUUGCCAGUUGGGGCUGCAAUCAUUCUUGGUAACAACGGUUACAUAUGGAUUUCACCUACAGAACAUGAAGAGGAGGAGAAAACUGGUGGAUAUGAAACCAAUUUACAGCCUGUGUCGCAUGCAGACAGAGAGAACAUUGCUCGGCUGCGCAACUGUAUCCUAGCUCUGGCGGAUCAUAGGAUGCUUCUCUUUGACACCAGUAUCCUCUAUACGUUUGAAGCUUCCCAGAAGUAUUCAGUUAAAGAGCUGCUGAAACCAGAGGUUGCUGCUGAUGUUGUAGAUCUGGUUAGACAAAGAAUGGAACUGGAAGGCAGCUGA